AUGGAGAGGCAGUUUGAAAAAUUCGCUAUGUACUGUGAAUCGAAGCUGGCGUACAUCCCGCUCACGUUUAUGCUUGGAUUCUUCGUAACGAUCGUCGUUGAUAGAUGGAGAUCCAUCUUCCAGAAUAUGGGAUGGAUAGAAAAUCUGGCUUUGACAGUGUCCGCUCUAUUGAGAGGCGAUUCCAAGGAGGCCAUCCUCUACAGGCGCUCCAUAAUUCGUUACACAGUUCUAGGUCAGGUAAGCCUUUUGGAAAGCUCCUCAAAAAAGUAUGUUCCUUGUUUUUCGACUAUUCUGCAGGGCACAUGGGGAACUCUCGAAGAGGGGUCGUGUUUGGCUGCUAGAGUGGGUCAGGGUUGCGUCUCGCCUCGAAAAUAA